GUGCGGGAGAAAUAACGCAGGAGGCGAAGGAGGGAAGAGGCGAACGUUGGAGAGAUUUUUUUCUAAACGUGAGGGAAGGAGAAGGACGGUCCAGGCGCUGGUUUUGGAGGAUUUUGGGGCUGUUUUUGAGUGAAAAAGGCUGAAGUAGGAGGAGGACACGGCGGAGGAGAGAUAGAGGGAUAGGCAGAAAGAGAGAGAGAGGUGGAGAGAGUGAGAGAGAGAGAGAGGGACAGGGAGAAGAUGCUGAGGGAGGGAGGGGGAGCGAGGGGCUCCGGAGACGGUUGUUUAGCCCGAAAACAGAGCCUUUAGCCUGGAUACAAACACCGCGGUGAGCCGCCGACUGACAACCGAAACGGGGUUGUUAAAGUGGAACAGCGGGGCUGGUGAUGGAUUAAUUCGGUUUAAAAGAACAGCUAACGCUGGCUAACAUGCUGGGGUGCCUCACCUGUGAUAAACAGGCCUUGAACGCAUCUUUACGAAUAACGUAGCCUAGCUUUAGCUUUGGCUAGCUAACUAACUAUCUGUUUAGCUGUGAUUUAACUAACUAGUCCCCUUCUUCAGUCACCUAGGUUAACGUACAUUAGCCGGUGUUCUGUCGAUUUGUGCUACCUAUCGAUUUGUGAUACUUAGCGGCUGUACGCAUGCGCUAAACUCUCAAUUUUACUGUUUUCAUGAGUUUUUCCUGGUAAUUUUUAUUUAGGUAUUUUUUUUCUUGGGUGCAUUGUACCAUCUGGGCUCACUGUCAUAGUUUGCGUUAGUGUUACAACCGUGUGCUAUUCAAAUAUCCAACCGAAAGACAUCUACUGAGAGAAUGUUAUGAUAUUUUGCAUUUUAGCUUUAAAUAUACACUAAGGUAGCAUAGUUUGUCAAGGUUGCUAAAAUCGACAGAACAGCAAGUGCUGGGUCUCUUCUGAAGGAGGCUGGCGGAGAGAGGGGUUAAAAAUCUGGUGGAUAAAUCAAGAAGUAACACUGAUAAUGAGUGAUCAUAAGCUAGCUUUCUCUUCCUCUUACUCUCACUGUUGCCCAAAACUAAUCAAAUUAGUUAAUGAGAAAGAAGGGGAGGCUGUCAGCUCUAGCUAAAUAUCAAUAGUUAACAUAGCUAAAUAACUCAAAAUGUCUUGAUUAAUAUAGCAGUAGCAAGCAGCCUUAAGAUGCAGAUAGCUAAAGCCACACCAACAUGCUUGAGAGAAGAAGAUAGCUUCAGUUAGCUAGCUUAGCUUAUCCCCCAUGUUUAGCCCACAAAAAGAAAUGCUAUCCAACUUAUAACCAAGGUUUCCUCACUGUAAACAAGCAGCUUUAGCCUCCCACCAUGUCUAAGGAACUGUCUGUCACCCAGACGGCUCAGUAUGUUGGGCCUUAUCGGCUGGAGAAGACGCUGGGGAAAGGGCAGACAGGUUUGGUGAAGCUUGGCAUUCACUGCAUCACUGGACAGAAGGUGGCCAUUAAAAUAGUGAACAGGGAAAAGCUCUCGGAGUCAGUUUUGAUGAAGGUGGAGCGAGAGAUUGCAAUCCUUAAACUGAUCGAGCAUCCGCAUGUCCUGAAACUGCAUGAUGUUUAUGAAAAUAACAAGUACCUAUACCUGGUGUUGGAGCACGUGUCUGGCGGGGAACUUUUCGACUACCUGGUGAAAAAAGGGAGGCUGACGCCUAAAGAGGCCAGAAAGUUCUUCAGACAAAUCAUAUCAGCUCUGGACUUCUGUCACAAUCACUCUAUCUGUCACAGAGAUCUGAAGCCAGAGAACCUCCUGCUGGACGAGAAGAAUAAUAUCAGAAUCGCUGACUUUGGCAUGGCCUCACUACAGGUGGGGGACAGUCUGCUAGAAACAAGCUGUGGGUCCCCACACUACGCAUGUCCAGAAGUGAUCAGGGGGGAGAAGUAUGAUGGUAGGCGAGCAGACGUGUGGAGCUGUGGUGUGAUUCUCUUCGCACUUCUUGUGGGUGCCCUCCCGUUCGACCACGAUAACCUGCGGCAGCUGCUUGAGAAGGUGAAGAGCGGGGUGUUCCACAUGCCCCACUUCAUUCCACCAGACUGCCAGGCUCUGCUGCGCGGCAUGAUCGAGGUCGACCCGGAGAAAAGGCUCACGCUAGAGGACAUCCAGAAGCACGCCUGGUAUCAGGCAGGCCGCAAUGAGCCGUGUCCAGAGCAGCCGCCACCGAGGCGUGUGUGUGUGAGGCGAAUCCUCUCUCUGACCGAGCUGGAUCCGGACGUGCUGGAGAGCAUGCACUCCCUCGGCUGCUUCAGAGACCGUGUCAAACUUACCCGAGACCUGCAGUGUGAAGAGGAUAAUCAGGAGAAGAUGAUUUAUUACCUCUUGCUGGAUCGAAAAGAACGCUAUCCCAGCUAUGAGGAUGAGGACCUGCCUCCCAGAAAUGAUGUAGAUCCUCCUCGUAAACGUGUGGACUCUCCAAUGUUGACCCGUCAUGGUCGCUGUCGGCCGGAGAGGAAGAGUCUAGAGGUGCUGAGUGUGACAGAGCAGGGCUCACCUACACCACCUCGGAGAGCACUGGACACCUCUGCACACAGCCAGAGAUCUCGAUCAGUAAGUGGAGCGUCUACCGGUCUCUCCUCCAGCCCUCUAAGCAGUCCGAGGAGCCCAGUUUUCACUUUCAGCCAAUCAGAAGUUGCCGCCGCCACCAAACAAGCGAGUGGCAGCACCACGCCCCGCCCCGCCCGCGCUCACGAGUCCAAAACUCAAACCCUUCCUUCGAAGGCGCCCUCCGACCGACCCCACCUCCAGUCCAUGAAGUCACUCCCCCUGCAUGCCCCGCCCUCUCGCUCGCCCUCUCCCUCUCCGCUCCUCUCGCCCAUCCCGCGCUUCUCCUUUUUCCCUGCUGUGCUCAAGUCGAUGACUAAAAGCUUGUAUCCCGUGUCUCAGGUCACCCCUCAAGGCUCGCCCCUGCCCACCCCUCUGGGCACCCCUGUGCAUCACCCCCACCACCCUCCCGCUACUCCCCCCUCUUCCUCUUCCUCCUCUUCUUCCUCCCGUGCCGAAGGAGGGGGCGUGGGCGUCGGUUCCCUCUCGUUGACUCCGCCCUCCAGUCCUGGAGGGGGCGGCGGCAUGGCAGCUAGCAGCUCCGCCCACUGGAGAACCCGCCUCAACUCGUUCAAGAACAACUUGUUGGGUUCACCGCGCUUCCACCGCCGCAAGCUGCAGGUGCCCACUUCUGAGGACAUGUCAAGCCUAACUCCAGAAUCCAGUCCUGAGCUGGCAAAGCGGUCCUGGUUUGGGAACUUCAUCAGCCUUGAGAAGGAGGAACAGAUUUUCGUGGUGAUCAGAGACAAACCCCUCAGCUCCAUUAAAGCCGACAUCGUUCACGCCUUUCUCUCUAUUCCAUCCCUCAGUCACAGUGUGGUCUCCCAGACAAGUUUCCGGGCCGAAUAUAAAUCUUCUGGAGGUCCAUCUGUCUUCCAGAAGCCUGUCAAAUUUCAGGUGGACAUCUCCUUUUCUGAAGGAGAGCGAGAAAGAGAGAGAGAACGAGAGAGGGAAGGAAAAAGGGAAUAUGGAAUCUACAGUGUCACUUUUACCCUCAUAUCAGGUCCGAGUCGUAGGUUUAAGAGAGUGGUGGAGACUAUCCAGGCUCAGCUGCUCAGCACACAUGACCAGCCCUCUGUGCAGGCUCUCGCUGAUGAGAAGAAUGGUCGUCCUCCAGGAACGCCGACCAGGCAAAACUCGCGCCGUUCAGAGGGCGGAGGCGACCGCUGUGAGUGGGUGGACCGGGGAGAGAGUGGGGCGUUGCUCCAGCGAAGGGGUUCGGGCAAAGAACGGACCCGCCUGCUGUCCUCCAACGGCACCCAGUCACAACCCUGAGCAGGAAGAGUCCACCACUGAUCAGCAUCCCAUACCCUGGAAACACUCGUACAAACCUCAUUCCCCCUCUUGCUAUGUUACAGCAUGAUGGUAAAGCUGCGUUCUUUUCAUUUUCCAUACUUUAGAAGGGUGCUUCUCCAGACAAAACAAUGCAAACAAACACAUUUCAACACAAGUAAAAACAUGACAUCACAGUCCAGCAGAUUUGUGAUAUUCGAAUAUCGUUGUGAGUCCUGGAGUCUGAUCUGAUAAUGUAGCAGUGUAUAUUCUGUCUACUCUCGCAGGCGUAACGUUUAACUCGUCGUUUGGCUUCAUUCGUUCAUCUUGACGAAGCUGCAGCUCUGGAUCAGUUAUUUCUUGACUUUAGAGGACAGAUAAACAGGCAAAGCUCCCUACCUACAGCUUAUCCAGGCAAAUUUCAGAUAUUCAGCUCAAAUAUUUAACGAAAAUGACCUUUUUUGACCCAUCAUCUCUCGCUAUACGGAUCAAUGUUAUCACAUAUUUCCACUGACAGACCACGGCCGUUAAACACAAUACUCUUGCACAUACUAGAUACAAGAUACACCCUCUGAAUAACCAAAACGGACUCGUAUGCAAUAAAAAAACAAUAAGCUAAAAGAGGUGCGGUCUUGAAAAAGCUACAGUCUUUCAAUCUUGCGGUGUAUACUUAGCUUUUCCUACCUUCCUACCUUUAGUCGUGAUUGCAAUGGAUGCCGUAUGCUUGCUCGGAGGAGAUCGCACACACACACAGAAGAGAGUGAGUUUCUGCACGCCGAAAUCACGGUUUCCUGUCUCCAUCUGUCAGUGAGUAGCAACUUUGAUUGUACUUUUUUUGCAUGAAUUCUAGAUCUUAAAUCUGGCCUCAAAACCUCCCCAAAGCAUGAAAGUACUUAAGAUUAGAAUAAAAAAUAAAACAUUCUGAGCCCACCAAAAACAAUACUGGAGCAUCGAUCCCCACUCAAGCUGCUCAAACUUUAAAACACCAAGUCGGAGCUCCAGGUGAUCCCAGCGGAUUUAAAAAUAAUUCCAGAACAUGUGAAAUGGAUCUUCGUCCUCUUUUUGCUGCAAGACUUUUCUGGUUGAAGCCAACCAAGUGAAUGUCAUGAGAUAUUUUUUAAUUUGUGACUUUUUAUUUGUGAUCACAGAGUAUUUAUUUAUUUGUAACUGUACUGAAAGGCUUGGGAGAACUUCCGGCCCGCUCCCAGAUUCCAAGGAAUAAAAUGAUUAAAUGGAGAAUGGACUUCAAAUCCGUGGAAGCCCUAUUCACUUUCCUUUGUGAAAAACUGCUACAAACUGAUGGACAUCUGUUCGAUUGUGUCCUGGAAAAAUAUUUUUGAUUUAAAAAAAGAUAUAAGUCUAAAAAAAAAUCGAAUGGAUCAGAAUGAACUACAGACUCCAGAACCACUGGCAACAUGGACCAGUGCACAAUCUUACAGUAGUGGGAAAAGACUUCUUCUUUCCAAAACUUGUCAGAUCUGGAGCUUACUCACACACCACACGCCCACAGAGACAGUGGGACUGUGAAAGCAAAACAUGGCAAAGCAUAGCGAAAUGCAUAAAGACUCGUCCGUCCAUCUACCGUCUGGGCCAAGGACCUCACUACUCCCACAUCCACUCGUAUCCCCCCCAUUAACAUGCGCAUACUGUCUGUCGAUUCAUGUCCAGUUAAAUUAUGAGAUGGUGCAAAAGGAGCAACAAUGAUGUAAAAAAAUAAGAAGAUAUGAUAUUGAUCUGUUUGUACAGCACUGCUUUAUCAUCGGGCUUCCUUGCAGCGUUAUUAUGCAACCAAUCCAGAACCACCUACGAGGGGAGGAACCGUCAGUCACUGAGACGUUCCUCGUGAAUGGUGUUGUUUUUGAUUUAGAUUUUUCUUUUUCCUCUCUCAACUGAACAGGAGCCAUCACUUCUAUUCAUCUGUGUUUAGUGAGUGUCUGUGUAAGUGCUGCUUAUUCUUUAAAUUAUUUAUUUAUUUAAAUUAUUUAUUUAUUUGUUUUGUUUACGACCGUCAUGCAUUUUAGCUGCAAAAGCUGGAACACUGUUAAGUCAUGUGCGCCAUACCUCAUAUCUUUUAUUUACUUGUUAUUUAUAUAAUUGAUUUAAUCAGAUUAUUCAUUUUUCCACUCAUAUCAAAGCAACCUAUAGCAAAAGGAAAUAUGUAAAGUGGACACACAAAAAUAUACCUAUUUAUUUAUUUACUUUAAUGGAUACAGAUGUGCCAUUGGUUACGACUUCUACUGACAGAUUUCAAAAUAUAAGCUGUAUACUAUAAACCGUAUCUGUUUUAAAGAUCAUUUUCUAGGCAACAAAGUGAUCGGGGGUCUUUCUCAUAAGGCAUGUUUUCCUCAAACACAACUGUCUCAUGACAAUUUCCAACCCAGAUUUAGAUAUACUUUUUAAAAAAGUUUUUUUUAAGAUGCUCUUUAGCAAUCUUAGGCCUUUUAUGUAGAAUCAUUAAGAAGGAAGGGUUCACUAUCCAAUGUUUCAUAACAGAGGAAAAAUGAUUUAUUGCAAAGUUCGGUGGAGUUACGAACACAGCAGAACAGCAUUUUAUUUCUUUCUUUCUUUCUUUUUUCUUUUUUUUUAAUCCCAUUUACCCAACACACUAAUUAGGGCGCCCCCUGUCACUAGUGAUACCACAACACCAGUAGGUGAAGACUAGUACAUGUCUACAUGUCUCCUCCGCCUCUUUUUGAACUGCCACUGAUGCAGCAUUGCCGAGUAGCAUCACAGCACACUCGGAGGAAAGCGCAGCGACUCGGUUUUGAUGCAUAAGCUCAGAAAUGCCUUGUGCUGAUCGACAUCAUCCUAGGAGUGAUGAAAGAGGGGAGAAAGAGCACCAUCUACUGUACCCACCUAGAGAGAACAAGUCCAAUUGUGCUCUCUCAGGGCUCCAGCAGCUGAUGGCAAGCUGCAUGACCGGGAUUCAAACAAGCAAUCUCCUGAUCAUAGUGGCAGGGCUUAGCCCACUGGACCACCUGAAUAUGAGAUCAUACAAAUCAUAAUUUAAACUAGCUUUAUGAGAAAGACCCUCGAAAAUGUUGCACUUCAAGUUAUAACACUGUACUAACUGCUGUGUAUUUGUGCAGUAACGGUUGAGAUGUUAGCUUGACGGUAAGACAGGUUGUAAGAACACCUAACCCCUGAAACAUUACAUAAAGUUGGUUCUAGCUGUGCUGCUGCAACUUAUUUCUUUUUGUUAUGGGUACAACUGUGGAUGUCCAGUCUUGUGUACGCACCUCCUGAGUAUGUCGUCGGAUGUUUAUAUUUUCUCAUAGGAGGCAAGAACUGCGUGUUUGACCGUGUGUUAGCAUGAGUGACCACAUAUGAGUGUAUACAUGUACGUCUAGCACCAUGUUUACGUCCAACCAUGGAGCGAGAUGUGGGAUCGACAUCGCUGCAGCCGUGUUGUUCACGUGAGCACCGGGGUCACGUGAGAGGAACGUCGCCAAAGUGGAGCUGGGUUAUUUGUGUUUCGAUGUUCUCCCGCCUGUCGGAUGAAUAUACAUCAACAUUACCUUCACUCACAGCUCCAACUCAAAGUCCAAACAUGACCGAAACGUGUAUAAGAACAGCGCGUGUGCCUCAGCGAACGCGCUCACACUUGUCCGCGUGAGUCCAAUGCAUGUCGGCUACAUGUGUUUUUAUGUUGGCCUUGUAAGUAAGCUUAGAGGUGUGUGUGGUGCGGUUGGAUGAUACUUUUGUGUUUGUGUGUUUGAGAUUGAGGUGUGGUACCACGUGAAAACCUACAGAAUGGAUCUACAUUAUUCAACAUAAAUGAUUUGUCAGGCAUCAAUAAACAUAAGAAAAUA